AUGCGCAACAUCGAACGUCAUCAAACCACAAUCUCAGUAACUAUAUGCCGAGGCUCUGUAGUAUAUAGUGGACGUGUUCUUUUUCAUGGCAAAAGGAGACUCGGCCGAUCGCAUCUGAGACCCUGCAAAAAGCAAUACUUUCUUUUUUAUGACGCACUGAACUGGAACCCAGAAUUAUUUCUACUGGUCAUUUCGAAAGAGCUUACGGUCUUUCCUUGGCAACAAGAGACAACAAUGGCAACCUGCAAAAAGACGCCAAAGAAGAGGCUGUCGUAUACCGGUAGCGUGUCUGAGGAAGAUAACCCCAGUCUUUCUGCUGAGGACGAAGAAGUGGACGAAACGUUUGUGGCGUUGCAGAAGCUGUUAAAAGCGCUUAAUCGCUCGAAGCGCUCGAAUCAAGGCAGCCACAGUAGCAGCAACGGUAGCUACCUAGGUAGCAACAGCAGUGCUCAAGUAGCGCCGGUUAAUGAUAUCGCGAAUCAGACGCGCAUGUCACGUGACGAAUUGCUUGAAAGCCGGCGACAAGAGCGCGAAUGUUUUCGUCGAUCACUUUUUGCGAAGAACAAUGUGAGGCAUCACACACAUCGUCGUCGUACAUUACCAGCCAAUUAUUUCUCUGAAGAGGAUGAGGAAGAAGAGGUCAUGGCGCCUUCGGUGGAGAGCACAAUUUCGAAUCGAUUUAUGAACGGUUCUUUUUCGGCUUUCAAUGUUCACGUGAUUUCGCGUGAUCGGUGGAGGACAGAGGAUUGUGUUUUUGAGCGCUUGCCGAUUGUCAUGCUGCCAAAGAGUGGGAAGCAUGCAAUUCCAACUGACAAUAAGAAGAUUUACGUCGUGCAGACUGACGAAUAUAUUGAUCUGCGUGACUCGCUUGUCAGAAAUAUGCCUAAUGGAUCUUCUACCAUGCACUAUCUAACACCGCCCCGCUCGACGUGGUACAUGCAGAUGCAUGAUUUUGAGGCACUAAAGUGCUAA